AUAAUUAUAUGUACAUGUAUGAAGAGAAUAUUUAAUGCUUAUUUUUAAUAAUUAAAUAAAAGAUUUUAUUAAAAUUUUUUUAAAAAAUGUCAAUAAGACGUGGUGCUUUAAUAGUUUUAGAAGGAUGUGAUAGAGCAGGAAAAUCUACUCAAGCGAAAAUGUUAAUAACUGCUUUAAAUAACCGUAAUAUUCCAGUUGAAUUAUAUGGCUUUCCUAAUAGAACAACUGCAAUUGGAGAAAUAAUAAAUAAUUUUUUGACUAAAAAAACAGAACUUCCUUCUGAAACAGUACAUUUAUUGUUUUCUGCAAAUCGAUGGGAAUGUAAAGAUGAAAUUUUGAAAACUUUACAUAAAGGAACUACUCUUAUUAUUGAUAGAUAUGCUGCUUCUGGUGCUGCUUAUACAGCAGCUAUAACUGGAAAAAAUUUAAAUUGGUGCAAAGAACCUGAUAAUGGAUUGCCUUCUCCAGAUCUAGUUAUUUAUCUUUCAAUUUCCAAAAAAUCUCAAAGUUUACGUAGUAAUUGGGGAGAUGAACGUUUUGAAAAUGUUGAACUUCAAGAACUUGUUGCUUCUAAUUAUGAAAAAUUAAUAGACAAAACAUGGUAUGUAAUUAAUGCAGAUAAUGAUAAAUCAGUAAUACAUUCUCAAAUAUUAGAAAAAGUAAUAGAUACUAUAAAGAAUAUUGAACAUUUGCCUAUAGAAAAAUUAUAUGAAUCUGAUAAAAAUAGUUAAUUUUAAUAAUAUACAAUCAAGUAUAAGAAAAAUCUAUAUAUUUUAUCUUUAAAUUUUAAAUUAAUUAUCUUAUUAUAUUUAGCAACUAUGACAAAAUGAUAGCUAAAUAUUUUCAGAUAAUAAUAUAUGAUUAUGAUUAUCACACAAAUAUAAUUUUUCUAGAAAAAUAUAUAUUUUUUUAAAUAUAAUAUUUCAUACAAAUAUAAAUAUAAAAUACAAAUAUAAAU